AUGGGGAAUGUUAAUGAAAAACAAAAAGCUUGGAAACAGAGCAGUCUGUGCCUCUGGAAACAAGAUUCUCAGCGCUCUCAUCUCUCCUCCUUCACCAUGAAGCUGAUGGACAAAUUUCACUCGCCCAAAAUCAGGAGAACACCAUCAAAGAAAGGAAAACCAGCCGAUGUGCCUGUGAAAACCCUUGAGAAACCUGUGAACAAAGAGGCCACAGACAAUUUUCUACCAGAGGGCUACCCUCCUCCCUUGGAUCUGGAUCACCAAGCAGUACAAUUUAUGUCCACCAGUGCUGUGGUUCCCAGGUCUCAGAGGCAGAAGAAUCUCAGCUGGCUGGAAGAGAAAGAGAAAGAGGUUGUCAGUGCCUUGCGCUACUUUAAGACCAUUGUGGACAAAAUGGCCAUUGACAAGAAGGUAUUGGAAAUGCUUCCAGGCUCGGCCAGCAAAGUCCUGGAGGCCAUCCUGCCGCUAGUGCAGACCGACCCUCGAAUUCAGCAGAGCUCAGCCAUCUCCUCUUGCUACAGCCGAGUAUACCAGAGUCUAGCCAAUCUCAUUCGAUGGUCAGAUCAAGUGAUGCUGGAAGGUGUGAACUCAGAAGAUAAAGAGAUGGUCACAACUGUGAGAGAAGUCAUCAAAGCUGUUUUGGAUGGAGUAAAGGAGCUUGUCAGACUCACAAUAGAGAAGCAGGAGCACCCAUCUCCCACGAGUCCGGCGAAGCCCAGCUCGCCAGCCUGCAAGCCUGACAGCCAACCUGAGCUCCCAUUGACUGACCGAGAAAUGGAGAUUCUCAACAAGACGACCGGCACGUCCCAGUCAACGGAGCUACUGCUUCCCGAUUCCGCCGAUGAAGAGGUUGCUCCUCCCAAGCCCCCCCUCCCUGGCAUCCGAGUGGUGGAUAAUAGUCCUCCACCAGCAUUACCACCCAAAAAGCGGCAGUCAGCACCAUCCCCUACCAGAGUGGCCGUGGUAGCACCCAUGAGCCGGGCCACCAGUGGCUCAAGUUUACCUGUUGGAAUCAACAGACAGGACUUUGAUGUGGACUGUUAUGCACAGAGGAGGCUAUCUGGAGGCAGCCACUCCUACGGCGGGGAGUCCCCUCGCCUCUCCCCAUGCAGCAGCAUUGGUAAGCUGAGCAAGUCUGAUGAGCAGCUGUCCUCCUUGGACCGGGACAGUGGGCAGUGCUCCAGGAAUACAAGCUGUGAAACACUAGAUCACUAUGACCCUGAUUAUGAAUUUCUGCAGCAAGACCUCUCCACCGCUGACCAGAUACCUCAGCAAGUAGCAUGUAACCUUAGCCCAUUGCCGGAAUCUGUUGGUGAAUCUGGCUCUCCUUUCCAUGGACAUCCUUUUCAGCUGCCGCCAGGCAACUCCCCACAGCCAGAGCUUGGCAACCCCCUGCCCACGCUGCUUCCUAUGGACAUGCCUCCUGCCCUGCCUGAGAAGAAGCGGAGGAGUGCAGCCUCCCAGACCACGGACAGCUCCAGCUGUAGAGUCUCCUAUGAGAGGCACCCUUCCCAAUACGACAACAUCACAGAGGAUGAUCUCCAGAACCCAGCCUCCCUCCAGCCAGUAUCUUUCACGCCAUUCGCUGCUGUUCUCCCCUUCCAGCAAGGGAGCUCUUCAGCCCCUGUUGAGUUUGUGUCUGAUUUUGCUGCUCCUGAGUCAACAGGUGACCCUGAGAAACCACCUCCGCUACCUGAGAAGAAGAACAAACACAUGCUGGCCUACAUGCAGCUCCUCGAGGACUACUCAGAGCCCCAGCCUUCCAUGUUCUACCAGACGCCCCAGAAUGAGCACAUCUACCAGCAGAAAAACAAACUCCUCAUGGAGGUCUACGGCUUUAAUGACUCCUUCACCCAGGAGCUGGCCCCGCCCCCUGCCCUGCCCCCCAAGCAGAGGCAGCUGAGUGAAAACGCCAGUGAGGAGGCUGGUGAGGGUGAAUAUGUCAAUCUGUAUUCCUCUGGCCAAAGCAACGGGGAACUCCCUCACUCUGAAGGAGAAUCACCAGCUACAAAAGACGGACACCCCAAAGAUUCCUCCUUACAUGGCAGCGCCUCCGGGAAAGAAAACAGAGAAGGUGGAGAGAGGCAGCUGAAGUCCCCAGAUGGUUUGGAAUCGACCCAAUCUGAGGAGGAAGUAGAUGAGCUCUCUCUGAUUGACCACAAUGAAAUUAUGGCCAGGUUGACUUUAAAGCAAGAGGGUGAUGAUGGGCCAGAUGUCCGUGGGGGAUCUGGGGAUAUAUUGCUGGUCCAUGCAACUGAGACCGACAGAAAAGAUUUGGUUUUGUACUGUGAAGCCUUUCUGACAACCUACAGGACGUUUAUCACCCCUGAGGAGCUCAUUAAGAAGCUACAGUAUAGGUAUGAGAAAUUCUGCCCCUUCCCUGACACGUUCAAGAAGCGAGUCAGCAAGAAUACUUUCUUCGUGCUGGUCCGGGUAGUGGAUGAACUGUGCCUGGUGGAAUUGACCGAAGAGAUUCUAAAGCUCCUGAUGGAGUUAGUGUUUCGGUUAGUGUGCAGUGGGGAGCUGAGCCUCGCCCGAGUUCUCCGGAAGAAUAUCUUGGACAAAGUGAACCAGAAGAAGAUGCUAAAGUGUGCAAACUCUGACCAGCCCCUGGCUGCUCGAGGAGUGGCCGCCAGACCUGGGACUCUGCACGACUUCCACAGCCAUGAGAUUGCUGAGCAGCUGACGCUAUUAGACGCUGAGCUCUUUUAUAAGAUAGAGAUCCCAGAAGUUUUGCUUUGGGCGAAAGAGCAGAAUGAAGAGAAGAGCCCUAACUUAACGCAGUUUACUGAGCACUUUAAUAACAUGUCCUACUGGGUUCGUUCAAUAAUAAUGCUGCAAGAAAAAGCCCAGGACAGAGAACGGCUGCUUCUGAAAUUUAUCAAGAUCAUGAAGCACUUGAGGAAGCUAAAUAACUUCAACUCCUAUCUGGCCAUCCUUUCAGCACUGGACUCAGCGCCCAUCAGAAGGCUGGAGUGGCAGAAACAGACCUCAGAGGGCCUGGCUGAGUACUGCACUUUGAUUGACAGCUCUUCCUCCUUCCGAGCCUAUCGGGCAGCUCUUUCUGAUGUGGAGCCUCCCUGUAUCCCAUACCUGGGCCUGAUUCUGCAGGACCUCACCUUUGUUCACCUCGGAAACCCAGACUACAUUGAUGGGAAAGUGAAUUUUUCCAAACGUUGGCAGCAGUUCAACAUCCUGGACAGUAUGAGAUGUUUCCAGCAGGCACAUUACGAAAUCCGCAGAAAUGAGGAUAUCGUGAACUUCUUCAAUGAUUUCAGCGACCACCUGGCCGAGGAGGCCCUUUGGGAACUGUCUCUCAAAAUCAAACCCCGGAACAUAACACGGCGAAAAACAGAUCGAGAAGAGAAAACCUAGGAGGAGGAGCAGUGAGCGAGAUUGUCGCUCAAGAGACACACAGAAGGCAGCUAUGAGACUGGAAUAGACAUUUGGGCCUGUUACUGGACAACUCACCCCAGCGGUGAAAAAUGAUCCUCCACCCCAUCCCACCCCUGUUCCCCUCUACCCCCCUGGGUCUGCAAAUGCCUGAUUCUCAGAGCCAAAUAACUUGUGCUUGGGCCUCCUGCCCAGUUGGACAACAGCUCCCAAGCACCCAGGCCAGCCCCUCCAGCCAGUGCAGGAAAUUCUUCUCCACAUCCACUUCCAUUUUUCCUAAAUGCAGCCAAGACUUCACUCCAUACCUGGAGGGAGGGGACACAGAAGAACUCAGUGACUCCAGCAGAUCCCGUUCAGGCUUUGUGACUGGUUUGUGACCUGGUGUUUUCCUUUUCUGGAUGGUUGACUGCUUGUCUUCAAGCCCUGUUUAACACUGUGAAGAUGCAGUCAUUCCAGGCCCAGGCAGCAGAAUGAGGGAGGAGCUCCUACCCAAGCCCUCCCCCCCACCUUAUAUGUCUUUGACUUUCCUGAAAGGACAGAACGAGGGGCUAAGAAGCCUUAACACCCUUGGUGUUAAGGACUGGCCCCCAUAUAAAAAAAGUUGUGUAGCUUAGGGAGGAUCUGGUCUCUUUGUAGAGAUUGUUUUUGGGAUGUGUGCACAGGCUGACGAUAGAAUUGAAGAGAUACUUUCCCAAAUAGCCAGAGUUUGCCCAGUCCCCAAAAAGGGGUCACCAUCUGGCUGGGGACAGUGUUGUCAUGGUGUCAUCUCUUGCCUGCUUCCAGACUCGGCUCUUUAAAAGCAAAGGGUGUCAGACACCUCUCUCUUGUCCCUGUAGAUGGUCCUGCACCUUCAAAAAGCUGCUGUGGUCUGGGUUUCCCAGGAGCCAGGACUCCUUAGUGACAGUAUCAGUCCUGGCUUCCUGGCCCCUGAGUGCAGGGGCGUAUGUCAGUGUCAAAAAGGCUGGAUGCCAGGAUGAGAAAGUUCAAGAAGUUCUGGUCUAAAUCACAAGGCCUUGGAGUGGCUCAGAAUGAGAUCAGAUGCAGGGGAAGCAGCCUAUUUGAUCAGACAGACAGAUGGGUCUGUCUGCAGGGACAGAAAGGGAAACUCUGACCCCCCCCAACACCCCCUUAAUACUUUAUGAUCUUCCCACACUUAAAAGGCGCCUCUUCUGUUAUUGAUUCCUAUGAAGCUUCUUUUAGAAGCCGUGCACAGUCAGGGAGAGGGGCUUGGAGUAAGGCAGAGCUUUACCUUUAAAGAAGGAAAUUCUGGUUCAGCUUCAGUUCUUGGAGGCCCGUUUUCUGGAAUGAGGGAAGACUGUCUUGACUUGCAGAGUUUGACUGGAGAAGGAGGGAUAGGUAUGAAGGACAUUUCUCGUGUUCUGCUUCUUUCUCCUCACAGUCUGCUGCCAGCCAGCCUAGGACCCUUCCAUCUCUGGAGGACUGGGAGCCCCCUCGAUGCUGAGUUCUGUUCCGGUCUGCUUAGUGCGUGCCUUAAACUUCACCCUCCAUCCUCUCACCACCUCUUCUCUUGCCAUUGCAUUCCUUCUAGGAUACUCCAAGGCCUCUAGGUUUGACUCCACCUCUUCUGGUCCCAACAGAGCCCUUCCUGCCAGGUUUAUGUUACACAUCAAAUCAAUUUUUGUCUUUUUUUAGGAAGAAUUCUGUUUCUCAACAAGACUCACUGUAGGUGACCCCCUUCCCCUAUUUAAGUCAUCUAACAGAGAGGAAGAAGGCAUGGCUGUUGGAAAUAGACAUGGUGGAACAACGUAGGUUCCCCAGCUGGUCAUUUAACACAUCCUGGGUUCUCAUGAUCUUUGGGGCAUUUCUUUGAAUCCACAUCAGCACUUCUUCCAUGCUGCUUAUGGAGAACACACUUGGCCACAUAGAUUGACAAUCCAGCACAGACCUUAAGGAAGGAGAGAUGCAAACUUAUUUGGGGAGAAUUUUAGACUUACUAUUUAGAGGGAAGGGGGAGUGGGGGAGGGGAUGGAAACCCUCUUGGUUAGGCAGAACCGAGGGCAUCCCAGUGAAGGGAAAGAAUCUUUCAGCAAUAGAUUCCUGGCUUCUGCUGUUGAACAUCUGGUGCAUUUUUACAAGCCACGCAGAAGACUUUGGGAUGGAUGAAACCAUGACCUGGAGAGGGGAGGAGUGGGAGUGUGUCAGGUACAGGGGGCUUCAUGCAAUGUUCCCCCUCCCCAGUGGGACAGUUGAGUGGCCCUCUGGGGCUUUCGCUACUUGCAGCCCCGGUUUUAACAUUAAUGGAACAAAAAAAAUCAACAUCUGUUGAUUAUUUAAACAGAUGUGGGCGUUUUGUUUUUUUAGAGACAACCAGGACACUUCAUUUUGCUGUCCAUCAUGGGCCUUUUGGCAUCUUUUAACAAGAAGUCGUAUUUUUUUUUUUCUGUAAAUAGAGAGGAGAGGAAAACGGAAUCUGUGAAAUGUUGGACAGACCUAGAGCCGUGGUUCUGAGUCACUUUAUUAUUUAAAGCGUGCGUUGUAGUCUAGGUGGCUUAUUAACAGUAUUGUUUGUGUGAGGUUUUUUUCCUUUUGUUCUGUUUUCUUUCUCUUUUUCUAAGUUGUCCUUUCAUUUCAAUCUUUUUCCAGCUUCAUUCUCACAUCUGCCUCUGGACCCUUGGUUUUGGGGGGAGGGGUUGCCCGUUGAAUGUUGGAGUGAGUGUGUGUGUGUGUGUGUGUGUGUGUGUGUGUGUGUGUGUGUGUGUGUACCCCCGAGUGCUUGUGAAAAAAAUAGGUGCUGGGGGGGCCAGGGGAGGUCCCGCCUUUGGGUCCUGGGAAUGUAAGAUGACUCCUGGGCUUCAGAGCGGGCCUAUAGGAGUCUCUGACUGCUGGCCCUGACAUGUAGUUUUUGAGUUUCUUCCUCAAAAAUCAACCUCAAAUACCGCGCCCCCCCCCCACCCCCCUUCCCGCAGUCAGCUUCGGCUACAGAUAGGUUCUGGUUGCUGGCCUUAAUUCCCCAGCACUGAGUUAGGGAUCCUCUUUCUUCCCCCUCUCAAUUUGGAUACUUACAUGUGAGCAAGGACCCCCUCAUCCUGGCCUGUUUUCUUUGAACCACUCCCCCGUGGUGGGGAGGGUGCAGAGAUGGAGAAAAAAGAGGAGGUACAUUUUCUCUGUUGUGUCUCUAAGCAAGCUAGGAAAGGUUCCACCCCAGAUAUGGCCACAGGGUGCAGGGGCCACUCUGCCUGCCCUCCCAGCACCUCUCCUGGCCUAUGCCAUUUGUGGUCUGAGCCAAGUGCCUUGGUGAGCCCAAAUGGCUCAACUGAGCUGUCAUAGGUGGAAAGGGAUCCAUACUCAAGGUGUCCCUGAUCUGUGGCCCAUUGCAUGAGUUCAUAGAGUGAGGUGCAGUAUUUUUUAAUUUAUUGGUGAAGAUUUGGGCUUUCCUUAUACCCCAGUAUCAGAGUUCCCCUUCCAGCCUCUACCAUUCCCUAGCUCAGUGCCACAGACCAGGGACCGCCAUGCGUAUUUCAUUUCUUACAGGGGAAAGGUGAGAGUUGAGUGGGGGGAGGGAAGUGCUGCCUGAAAGGACAGAAGGGAUCAGGCUUCAUUGCCUUUCCAUACAGGAAGGUGGGUCUCUUCUGCCGCGUACGUGUGCCGGGUAGGGGUAGGCCAGGGGCCAGUGGUGAGCCCAUGUUUGAGCUAGAAGCCGCUGGUCUCCUCCUGCCUGUUCCUUUCUAGAGUAUCCCCUCCGCAAAGCCCCUUUCCCUCUCCCCAUGUUACAUUGUACUAUAUAUUCCCUACUAACCCAUCCCGAUAGUGACAUCUCCCUGCAGACAUUUCAAAUGUGUAACUUUUAUGUUAAAGAAAAAUAAAUACCGAUGAAAGCCCCCGGCCUAACGAUCAUGUUUACAAUGCAUGCAGCCGUGUGCGAGAUUAAAGUGACAAUCAAACACCC